UCAUACACACAGAACGAAAAAGAGAAGAAGACGGCGACAAAAUAAUAAUACAAUUUACAGUAGACAUAAAAACGUGUAUAUUUCAUCUUUCUGUUGUUUAUUUUCCAAGUUGUAAGUUUUUUGAAAUUAUUAUUAAGUUUUUUGUUAGUUUAAAGCUUAUACGGUAAACACAUACAUCGUAUGCAGGACAUUUAACAGUGAUAUUCACUUAAGCAGCUUUGAUGUGCCGGGUAAACAUGAAUUUUGCUAUGCAAAUGACAGUGUUCCAGCUAUACGAUGCGUUCAAAUGGGUGUAUAUCAAAGUGUAAUCACAUUCCAGUUUUGCUCUGGAAGUAUUCUGGCUUCAAAUGAGAUUAAUUUGUGGAGAUCAAAUCCGUCGAUUCUGUCAUAAUGGAUAAUCUCAAAUUGAUGGAAGCAACGAGUCAAAAUCAGCCGGAAUUUUUUGGAUUGAACGACGAUUGUAUUCGACCAAUUCUUGAUUGUUUAUCGAUUGAAGAACUGUCUCUUAUGAAAAUGACAUGUAAACGUAUCUAUUCGCUUGCCAAUGAAAGCUUUUGCAACACAUAUAAAAACGAAACCGUUGUUUUUUCCGUAAACCGGCGAAAGUUUACCCCUAAAGUAUUUAAAGAGCAUUUUCAAUCGUUUAAAUUUCUGAUGCCAAGAAUACAUUGUUCGUACGCAGGAAAGAAGACAUUCCAAACGAUGGGCAAGAAAAUGCAUAAAAAUGUGAAAUUCAUUAGUUUAUAGAUGCCUUAAAAAUGUGCGAUGAAUAUUGUGUCUACGCCAAAGACAUCCUUGCGCUCGUUGAUACGAUUGAACUGAAGCGGUGUGCGUCAAUUAAAUGUUUAUUGAAAUACUGCACGAAGUUGGAGUACUUGAUACUUGACGACAUACAACCUAAAGAGCUAAUAUCACAGAAAUAUCCAGCUAUCAAACAGUUGGGCUGGACAUCAGACAAUUUACCACCACAGUUAAAAGAAUUCAUGGUAAAUAAUCCAAAUAUAACAGCAUUUUUUGCCUCUAACCAAAAUCCAAUUGAAACAACAGACUGGCUACUAGAAACCGGCCGGUUCAAAGUCAAAUUAAAUGAUUUGGUGUUGAAAAUUUGUAAUUUUAAAAAUGCAGAAUAUCUAAAUGCAUUGCAAAUGAAUGUUCCAGGAAUCAUCAAAAAUGUGAUGUCACUGCACAAAAAUCAACAGAUCAAAACAUUACACUUGGAAAUAAAAUAUUUGGAUUUUUUGCUCCAUCCAAAGUUGCCGGAGAUCGAGUUUUUGGAAAGCGCUCAUGUUUAUAUUGAAGACGCACAUAGAAAAUCAAUCGAAUCAAUAAGUCGCGGUAUGAGAAAUCUUAAAUUUCUGUUUUAUUAUAACAAGUAUCGUGCCAAAAAGAGCGAAUAUCAAAUGUUGGCACAAAAUUUGACCGAACUAGAAGAAUUUCAUACAAUUAGUGUUGGAUCAAUAGAUGUUGUAAUGCCAUUUAUACGAUAUUCACCAAAACUUAGAGUUAUGUUUCUGGAAACAAGUGAAUUAUAUCCAACGGCCAAAAAUGUUUCACUCGAAUUGUUGCAUAAGGAACGCCACAAGCUGGAAAAUGCAUGCAAAUUAACGAUUUAUGUGGAUGAACCAACUUAUUUGAAUUCACCGAUAAACAGUUGCGGUUUAGUGGAAAUUAAGCGCACGGCGUCCUAUCCACUUUCGAAACAUCCGAUACGACCACUUAAAAGUUAGUUGCGGAAUGGCUUUUUUAGGGAAAUGAAAAUAGUGAUAAGAUACACUUCAAUGUAUGAUUGAAGUUUAUUCUGAUCAUAGGGCGAAUCACGCUAGUGAAUACUAGAAAAACUAGUAAAUCUAGUGCAAAGAAUGACGUCACAAACGAAGCCAACUUCACACCAAAGGCCAUAUAAUUUAUAU